AUGGUUAAGGUUGCUAUUAACGGUUUCGGUAGAAUCGGUAGAUUGGUUCUAAGAAUUGCUUUGUCUAGACCAAACGUGGAAGUUGUUGCCAUCAACGAUCCAUUUAUCUCCGUCGAAUACGCUGCUUACAUGUUCAAGUACGACUCUACUCACGGUAAGUACUCUGGUGAAGUUACUCACGACGGUAACAACUUGAUCAUCGACGGUAAGAACAUUAAGGUCUGUCAAGAAAGAGACCCAGCUCAAUGCCCAUGGGCUGCUUCUGGUGUUGAGAUCGCUAUUGACUCCACCGGUGUCUUCAAGGAGAUGGACACUGCUCAAAAGCACAUUGAUGCUGGUGCCAAGAAGGUUGUCAUCACUGCGCCAUCUUCUACUGCCCCAAUGUUCGUCGUUGGUGUUAACGAAGACAAGUACGCUGGUGAAACCAUUGUUUCCAACGCUUCUUGUACUACCAACUGUUUGGCUCCAUUGGCCAAGGUUAUUGACGAGGCUUUCGGUAUCGACGAGGGUUUGAUGACCACCGUCCACUCCUUGACUGCUACUCAAAAGACUGUUGACGGUCCAUCCAUGAAGGACUGGAGAGGAGGUAGAACCGCUUCCGGUAACAUCAUCCCAUCUUCUACUGGUGCUGCCAAGGCUGUCGGUAAGGUCUUGCCACACUUGAACGGUAAGUUGACCGGUAUGGCUUUCAGAGUCCCAACUGUCGACGUUUCCGUCGUUGACUUGACCGUUAAGUUGAACAAGGAAACUUCUUACGAAGAAAUCAAGAAGGUUAUCAAGGAAGCUUCCGAAGGUAAGUUGAAGGGUGUUUUGGCUUACACCGAAGACGCUGUUGUCUCUACUGACUUCCUCGGUGACUCUCACUCUUCCAUCUUCGACGCUUCUGCUGGUAUUAUGUUGUCUCCAAAGUUCGUUAAGUUGGUCUCCUGGUACGACAACGAAUACGGUUACUCUACCAGAGUUGUCGAUUUGGUUGAACACGUUGCCAGUAACUAA